AUGACGUCACGCCGCAACGCAACCCUUCUCUGCAUUCCCCCACCUGCAGAGCCCAGAAGAAGGAGAAAAGAAGAAAAAGAAAGGAGACUAGCUGAAGGAAUGGAAAGGAGAGCAGAAGGAGAGGAGAGGCGAGGAGAAGAAAAGGAGCGCAGAGCAAAAGGAGAGGAGAAGGAAAGGAGAGCAGAGCAAAAGGAGAACAAAAGGAGAGGAGAGGAGAGGAGAGCAGAGCAGAAGAGAGAAAAAAGGAAAGGAAGGGAAAGCAGAAGGAAAGGAGGGGACAGCAGGGAAGAACGAGAGCAAAAGGAAAGGAGGGGAGAACAGAAGGAGUCAAGGAGGAGAAGACAAUGUCAGAAGGAGGCAAACAAAAGGGGAUUGGAGCAGGAAGGACAACUUGGAAGACAAGUGAUCCCUCCACUUUAUCCUAUCAAUGUAUUUACGUUAUUGAUUAUGUGA